CUUAUCCUCCCGGAUCUCCUUCUGAAUUUCCGCAUCCGGCUCAUGAGGCUCCACUUCCGGCAAAGAAAGGAAGGAAAGGGAAAGGGGCGGGGACAAGAUGGCGGCGCCUAUGAGGAUUCAGAGCGACUGGGCUAAAGCUCUCAGGAGGAAUGAAGGGGAAGCCUGGCUCAGCUGUCAUCCUCCAGGGAAACCGACUUUAUAUGGCAAAUUAACUUGUCAGGGAAUUGAUUCCAGUGGAAUUCCAGAAAUUACAGCUUCAGAAGGAUUUGUUGUGAAUGAAAUUAGUAAGAAAAGCAUUCACAUUUCAUGUCCAAAGGAAAAUGCUUCUUCCAAAUUUUUGGCACCACAUACCACAUUUUCCAGAAUUCAUGCAAAGAGUAUAACAUGCCUGGACAUUUCUAGUGGAGGAGGUCUUGGAGUAUCCACCAGUACUGAUGGAACCAUGAAAAUCUGGCAGGCAGCUAAUGGAGAGCUCAGAAGAAUACUGGAAGGACAUGUAUUUGAUGUGAAUUGUUGCAGGUUUUUCCCAUCAGGCCUUGUGGUUCUGAGUGGGGGAAUGGAUGCACAGGUGAAGAUUUGGUCAGCAGAGGAUGCCAACUGCGUGGUGACCUUCAUUGGUCACAAAGGAGGUAUCUUGGAUACAGCUAUUGUUGAUCGAGGAAGAAAUGUGGUUUCCAGUUCUCGAGAUGGGACUGCUCGACUUUGGGAUUGUGGGCGAUCAGCCUGCCUGGGUGUCAUUGCAGAUUGUGGCUCUCCUGUGAAUGGCAUUGCUGUGGGUGCAGCUGACAACACGAUAAAUCUUGGCUCCCCUGUGAAAGUUCCCAGUGAACGGGAGAUUGGAACAGAAGGGAAAAUGCUGCUUUUGGCUCGGGAAGAUAAAAAGCUCCAGUGUGUGGGAUUACAGAGCAGGCAGCCGGUGUUCCUCUUUGUUGGCUCAGAUGCAUUCAAUUGCUGUACUUUUCUCUCUGGCUUCUCUCUGUUGGCUGGAACUCAAAAUGGGAACAUAUAUCAAUUGGAUAUAAGGAAUCCAAGGGCUCCAGUUCAGGUCAUUCACCGUUCAGGUGCUCCAGUACUGUCCCUCUUGGCUUACCGAGAUGGAUUCGCCGCCAGCCAAGGUGAUGGGACAUGCUUCAUUAUGCAACAAGAUUUGGACUAUGUAAUUGAGUUGACUGAGGCUGACUGUGACCCUGUAUAUAAGGUGUCCACAUGGGAGAAGCAAAUCUACACCUGCUGUCGAGAUGGUCUCGUGCGCCGGUAUCAGCUCUCUGACCUCUGAUGACUCAAACAGCUGAGCGAUUGGUCAGAAACCAAAAUCUUCAUCACCACGGAGCCGAGACACCACUGGCCUCACGGGACCAUAGACCCUCUACCCUGAGCACACAAGCGUGCUAGGGCUCUGUUCACAGGGCUAGAGAGACCCAAAUAUCACCCUCCAUGUGACCUUUGGCCACUUGAAUCUGACCAUACAUGUAAUUUCUAUCUGUAUUAGUAUUCACUCCUCCUUUCCCCUGCAUCACAGUCAGCGCAUCCCUGUUCUCUCCAUUCAACGGUUAACCUGGCCCCAGAGAUGCAGAAGGGGAGCCCUUCUCUCUGCAGGACUUUGUUCACUGUGUGUGUGCAGUUCAGUUUUCUGAGACAUCAAGUCUAUUGGAUGUGCCUGUCGAAGCAGAGAAUCAAUCAGCCCUCCACAAAGGAAAUAAAGGAGAAGUAUUUGAAAACA